GAAAGCGAGGAUCGCGAUGAACGGAUAGAUAUCGGUGCAACAUCACAUCAGUCGCGCAUCUUCCGAGCGGAAGAAAGGGGUGCGAUACUACUCCCUUCUCACACGGCACGCAUAAUCGCCGAGAGAAGGGUAGCAGAUCGAGAGUGGACUACUAGUCGUGCUGUGACGGAAGUUAGACGCUCUCGACGGUAUGCCCGUGAUGAGUUGCAACACGAGAUAAAGGUGGGACCGAAGGAACGAGCAUUUUAUCUUGAAGAGAGCGGAAGACGGAAAUAUGGGAAAAGGGGACAAGAGAGGCGUUACACAGCGCAGUGACGGUGCUAGCACCAAUCUCGUAGGCAAGUUCACGCAGAGCGUGCGGAGAAUCGUCCAGGACGUAAAAGACGAGGGCACGUCUAGUGGACAAACGAAGGAGGAAGUGAUCGAGACGAACGAGAGGCUGAGAGUUGUAAGGAUACGUUUGGAUGGCAGUUACGACACCGCCAAGAGGGCCCUUGUCGAACUGAUGUGCAAGUACACCGACAGUAAGCAAGUGCGCAACGUGUUUCAGCGUUAUAACCUCCUGAAAAAUAUGAUCAAGGACGUAAUUAAGCUGGAGACGCAAUAUUGGACGCUGGUGGAUAUACCGAGACAAGAGAAGCAGGAGACUGUGCCCGCCUUCGUGCUGCGUGCUUGUUCCAUCAUGGAGAAGACCCACAAAAGCGGCGAAGGCGUGAAAACUUCGGCGCGUCUUGCCGAGGAGGCCGAGACUAAGAGAGAGCGCAUCGAAAGACUCGAGAAUAUGACGACGGCACAAAUUGAAGCUGAGAAUACCCAGAUGACCAAUGAUCUGUACAGAUUGCUAAAGAAAUACACGGGUCUUAGGAAUCUCAUCAAAGUGUUAAAGGAGGAAUACAACGGUUCAAAGUUGUAUCCGAUGUUCCCGCGUUACACGAUACUAAAGGAUAUGAUAAAGGAUAUAAUGCACAACCCAGACUAUAUGGAAGUCUGUCACGAAGUGGACCAAGCAUAGCGGCCAGACCCCCUCCACCGUUCGCCACGUAUGACUCUGUAAAUUCUUCGGAG